AUGUACGUGUAUUGUUCCAAUUUACGAGUCAAAUUGCGAGUAACGUGCGUGCGGUUGUCACAGAGGCUGCGGGGCGCUUUCGCAGUGUGGCGCACCGGAUGUAGUCUCCGACCGGAGAUCGGGGAUGAAAACGACGAAGAUAUGACCAAUAGCAUUGGGAAGUACAAUAGCCAAGUACACUUGCACAGACACAGUGGUACUAAUGUCAUCGUGCUCGCUUUUCGUUGCGUUUCAUCAGAGUUUCCUACUUUCACGUUCCCAAUAAAUAACAUAUUCGCGAGCCUGACAGCUGUUACUAAUCUGCCCGCCCCGCCCCUGCCAGCGCGCGCGUCACCUCCCUACCCGUCGCGGUCAGGCUACCCUCCGCGAUGUGAGUGCCGACGGCUGCAAAAAGCGCAGCAAAACGCGCAGGCCACCGCUCUGCGACUAUCCACCGCAAACUGCAUCCGACGCUCCCACCGCAUUGUUGUACAAAUCGCG